AACCAAUCAGAAUAACGAAUCGUCCUUUUGUGGGUGGCAAUUCAACGAUGGAAACGCCCUCACGUUUUUUCAAAGCCGAUUGAUCAUUUUGCUUGUACCGGGUGGAGUAAAACGAGUAUGAGGUGGUGAAUAUUGGUCUAAAAACGCCAAAAUCAUCGUGUUAUUUGCAAUAGCUUAUCAACUCUUACCAGCCUGUCACAAAAUGACGACGACAACUAUAUAUUCAGGCAUGGAAGCCGGAGCAAAAAGCAGCUCCAGGGUCCUGCGCCCCCCUGGAGGAGCCUCCAACAUCUCUUUCGGCAAUGACGAGGAAAAGCCCCCCAAUCGCAAGAACAAGAUGGCCUCCAACAUCUUUGCUGAACCAGAUGACCCACAUGCUCAUCGGAGGAACAACCCACCUGGUGGGAAGCCAACUGGAGUGCUGUGUGGAGAGCCCUCGGCCCCACUGAGGAGAUGUGCUGCCCAGUCCUCCUCCAACAAUCAUGAAGACUCCAACGCCGGGAAUGGAGACAAUGACAUGGGGAAUGCUGAUAACGCUGUGGAGGUAGAGGCCGUGCCUGCUCCAGAGCAGAGGGAGGAGGCGCCCCAACCGUCAGCAGGGGCCUCCCAGCCCGCCGCAGGGAUGACGUCAGGCCGCAGGAACCCCCCAGGGGGCAAGUCCAGCCUCAUCCUGGGUUGAGGUUCCUCUCCUUCCUUCUCUUUCUCCAAACUCCUUUUCUCUUUUUAAAAAGAAGAAUCCCGUUCAUCUGUGAGUCCAGGAAUUCCGUCCCGUCCUCUUCCUCCCUCCCUGAGUCUAUUGUUUUGAUACCCCCUCUUUUUUAAUUUUUGUAAGAGUUUUUUGACAGAAGCACUUUAUGUACCCGAUCCAAGCCCCUAGCAUCUGUAGUGCUGUAGUCACAGGCCUGCUGGUCAAAGGGCAUGAGGUUUAAGUUGUCCCUCACUCCAUCCGGUGUCAAUGGCAAAAGCUCUGAUGCGCGAACAAUAAGAUUGAGAAAAAAUAAAUAAAAAUAAAAUGGAUGCAUAUGAAGUUGUAGCUUUUGCACUGUUCAUUGUUUGGCAAAGACUGCAUGCACUCCUGGUUUGUUCCAAGUCCGACUCAACCAAAACAUUUUGGUGAAGCCUUUGUUAAAAAAAAUGAAAAAUGUUUUACUGUGAAAGUUAUUUUAUUUUUAAGGUUAUGCUGGACAAAAUUGUGAGUCAUAUUAAAUAAUUGUUGGUAUACAUGAUUUAGUGUUGCAUGAAGUUUGAACUUGAACAUUUCUAUGGAAACUAAAAUCCACACGGGAGAGGCAAGCUAUCAAAUCAAACACACUGGCGUCGUUAUUUCUGAAGACUAAAUUCAGAGAAUAUGUUCAGAGAAUGGGCAUUCUAAUGUCAUGAAAUGGAGAAUCCGUUUUUAGUUUUGUAAUGUAUCUGUUGUCCUUACAUGUCAAAGUUAUAACUUCAGUGCCAGUUUUUAGUGAUUUAAAAAAAAGUAUUUUCUUAUUUUAUUGGGAAACUUUCUCAACAGCUAAAGUAUUCCUGUUUGUGUAUGGUACUCCAUCUGAUAGAAUGACAAGUGACCUUAUAACAGCUCUGCCUAGUUCUCGGUUUGCAUAUUAUUAUUUUUUAUUCUCGAUGUUGGACAAAAUUUGGUACGUUAAGCAGUGUCCAGAGUUCUUGUUCAAACUUCUGACAUUGUCUCUGUUAGAGGUCUGAUGCCUAUUUUACUGUCUGCCUUGUACAGGAAAACCUGUGGUUCAAUGUAUGUAUUUACAUACACAGGUCAAUUUAGUUCAAAUGUCAUUUGAAUGAAAUUGCACACAUGGCUUUAGUGAAUUCAUGUUGAAGUGCUGUUCUGAAGAUGUUGAAGGGUCAAGAUGGGCUACAUGACCGUUACUUGUUCAUCCGAAUUCAUGCAGGUUUGUUUAUCACUGUAAAAGUCGCAAUGAAUAUUGGCACAAAUUAAAUGUCACUUUUGACCAUA